GACAAAUUCUCGAUCUUUCUUCUGAGACCCAAGGCCCUGGCUCCUCCUUCCUUGAGGAAUUUAAUUGUAGGUUAAAUUGUCCCAAACGUUUCUCCUCCCAAGACGACCAUAUCCAGCCUUCAUCACGCCGUUUCCCUCUCCUCGUCGCCAUUAGAGCGAUGUCUCGGAUUCUGGUUCAGCCCGUAGGCCAAAAGAGGCUCACCAAUGUCGCCGUCGUACGUCUCAAGAAGCUCGGCAUGCGCUUCGAGAUCGCUUGCUAUAAGAACAAGGUCCUUUCAUGGCGUUCUGGCGUGGAGAAAGAUUUGGACGAAGUUCUGCAGUCGCAGACGGUCUACUCGAAUGUUUCGAAAGGAAUUUUGGCGAAGUCGAAGGAUUUGAUUGCUGCGUUUGGCACCGAUGAUCAAGCCAAAAUAUGUUUGGAGAUUUUGGAUAAAGGAGAGCUUCAAAUCGCUGGGAAGGAGCGGGAAUCGCAGUUGUCCAGUCAGUUCCGGGACAUUGCCACCAUUGUUAUGCAGAAAACCUAUAACCCCGAAACUCAGCGCCCUUAUACUAUUAACAUGAUUGAGCGCCUCAUGCGUGAAAUUCAUUUUGCCGUCGACCCCAUUAGCGGCUCCAAGAAGCAGGCACUAGAAGUCAUUCAUGAACUUCAAAAGCAUUUUCCAAUCAAACGUUCUCCAAUGAGAUUACGGCUCUCCGUUCCUGAACAAAGCUCUUCGUCUCUGAUGGAAAAGCUAAAUGCAUGGAGUGCUAAAAUUGCUUCAAAAGAUCAGUCAGGAAGUCAGCUAUAUAUUAUUUGUGAACUAGACCCUGGAAUUUAUCGCGAGUGUGAAGCCUUGAUGAUAAAUUUGCAAGGAAGGUUUGAAGUUCUUGCACUUUCUGUCCAUGCGGGGGGAGACACUCAUGUGGAUCAAUAUGAUGAUCACGAGGGCCAGCCAUCCCACGUACCCAAGGACGCCACUGAUUCUGUUGCAAAACUAAGUGACAAAUUGCAAAAACAAAGUAUCUCUAGUAGUAGUGCAACAACAACUGCAGGGGAGGGAAAGCAAAGCAAAUGUGGAACGUGCAAUGCAUUUGUUGGUGACUCGAAGCAGUUUAGGGAGCACUUUAAGAGCGAGUGGCAUAAGCACAACUUGAGACGCAAAACCCGCAAUCUCCCUCCACUUACGGAAGAAGAAUGCAUGACGGACAUGGAAAUAGGCGACUCCAAGGCGGAUUUGAAGGAGUAUUCAUUUUGAAAUAGGCAAACGAUGUGAAUGACUGGUGGCUUUCUGCAUGUAGAGUACGGUUUUGAUGUAUUCUCUGAGCUCAAUUUUUAUUUACUGAAAAUGGGUAUAUAAAGAAUAGUCAUUUUGACGAGUUGAAAAAUUAUAUAGCUUGACGAACCUCAUAAAUUUAGAUAUGAUCCAAAUGUUUAUGCACUUGGGGAUAGCAUGUAUUUUCUCGGUUCCAAUGUAGAACAUGUAAAACGACAUAUUUGUGUUGGUAACAGUAUUUCUUGUCCCCAUGGAGGACAUUUUAUGGUAGCAA